CAUGAUGGCGGAGGUGGACCCCAACUGCAAUCCAAUGCAGCCGAUCCUCCCCCAGGAAUCUGACCAUCAGCACAGUUAUUCAGCAACUACGGAUAUGGAUUAUCCACAGGCAAUGCCAAAUCAACCAGGCACUGAAGAUUUUAAGAACUUUGACAUUACUCGAGCCACACAGUAUGGAGUGUUUGACCGAAUCAAGGAGCUCAUAAAGGCUGGAACUGAUGUCAACCAAAUGGACAGAGAAAAUGUCAGCCCACUUCAUUGGGCUGCCAUCAACAAUAGAAUCGAUAUUGUCAAAUAUUACAUUUCUAAGGAUGCUGUGAUUGACAGAUUUGGAGGAGAUUUAAACUCAACAUCGCUACACUGGGCUACACGACAAGGUCAUUUGUCAAUGGUUGUUCUUUUGAUGUCCCAUGGUGCAGAUCCUUCAUUGCGAGAUGGAGAAGGAUGUAGCUGUAUUCACCUGGCAGCUCAGUUUGGCCACACUGCGAUCGUAGCCUAUUUGAUCGCAAAAGGCCAGGAUGUGGACAUGGUUGAUAGGAAUGGCAUGACAGCUCUGAUGUGGUCGGCCUAUAGAGUGUUUGGCCAUGACCCUCUGCAGCUUCUGUUGACGUUUGGAGCGAUAGUCAACAAGGCGGACAAGUUUCAGGGAAACACGCCACUCCACUGGGCCUGUCUCACUGGCAACCACGUCGUCAUAAACAUUCUGCUGAAGCGUGGAGCAAGUAUUGAUGCAGAAAACACAAAGGGCCAGACUCCAUUAGAUAUUGCUAUGCAAAUGAAAAAUGUUGGACUGGCAAGGAAGCUAAGAGACGAGAGAUACAUGCAAGGUUUAGAUCAGCAACACCCAUGUCAGAAAUACACAACUAACAAGACGGUCAGGAAAUACGUGGUUUAUAUUUUCCCCUUUGUGGCUAUAUUUUUGAUGGGCUGGAUACCAGAAAGUUCGUUUUGGUGGCCGGAGAAGGUGGCACUGUGUAUGAUAUUUUUCGGGGUGUGGAAACUGACUACAAAUAUCUUCUUUGAUGAUAGCGCGAUGAAUGUAAUCCCUGUUGUGUGGUAUUUUGCCACAAAGUUCUGGAUGUAUUUGACAUGGUUUACCAUCUUUUUCCCUUAUGUGAAUGGAAUGUGGGAAAAUGUGGGCUUGCUGCUAAACAGUGCACUGUUGUUUUAUAAUGUUUACAAGUGUAUGAUGACAGAUCCUGGAUACAUCAAGAGCAACAGAGAGGAUAAAAUCAAAGCGAUUCUUGACCUGGCUGAAAGGCAGACUUUGUCUUUGAAUCAGUUCUGCAGUACGUGUCUGAUCCGCAAACCGAUCCGAUCCAAGCACUGUUCGAUCUGCAACAAGUGUGUGGCCAAGUUUGACCACCACUGUCCUUGGGUCUACAACUGUGUCGGUGCAUUUAAUCACAAGUAUUUUCUUGGAUACCUCAUCUUUUUAAUGGGAUUGUUGUCCUGGUGUUUCUAUGGUUGUGUCCAGUUUUGGAAGAACCGGUGCCCGCCCAUGUCGUUUUAUGAUGAUGGAAUUACUGGUGUGAGUUACAAGAUUCUCCACACUUCACCGUGGGUGGCCUGGAUGGCUCUCAAUGCCCUCGGCCACCUCACCUGGGUGACAGCCAUGCUGGCUUGUCAGCUCUAUCAGAUAAUGUGGCUUGCUAUGACAUCCAACGAGCGACUGAAUCAAGGCCGGUACUUCCACUUCCACCGGUAUGAACAGGGUCCUAACAGCAGUGAACCCGGUGUGUGCGAGGAGGGACACACACACACUCAGAAAGCACCCAAGAUUAUCAGUCCAUUCCAUCGAGGUAUAUUCAAGAAUCUGAUUGAUACCUUGGAUUUCCAGUGUUGUGGCCUUCUACGACCAAACCGGAUAGACUGGACCGCCAGAUACACUGUAGACGACAGCGUCAGUCCGUUUCACAAAGUCCCAUUCAAUGCACCAAGAGAAAACUACCAGUUUGUCUAGUGAACUUUUAAUGAUUUUGUGUUUUUGUGCAUACAUGUAGCUUAUGAACAAUAUCUGUGUUUUAGUCAGAUCUGUUUUAAGUGAUUACAUGUAAGUAUAAAAAACGUAACCACUUAAAAGCUGAUUUCUUAACAAUGUCAAUUUGUAUUACAUUGAAUGAUUUUAGGUAGCCUCAUAACCAUGUGGCUGCUUGAUAAAGCUCCUAUAAUAUUAUUCAGCGGCACACUGCACAAUUAUCUCUGUACCAUAUAUUGCAGCUCUUAAAAUAGCUGGGAACAUCCCUUUCUUUGACUUGGAGACAAUGCAGUAUAUUCCUGCAGUUACUCUUUGUAGUUUAAAAGGUUUUUUUUGCUUUGUUUAAUCAGUGACAUUUGGAAACAUUCACUCUCAGCUAAUACUUAAACAAGAAAUCCCUACUUCAUACAUGUAUAUUCAGGUGCUCUGAAAAUGGCAGGGCUCGAACUUAAGAAUUUGUCUCCCACGGCAAUUAAAUAAAGAAUUGCCAUGGUUGAAAUGGACCACCGACUGCAAUUUUGAACCUGUCUAUGGCAGUUUUUUUUAAAAGAUUGCUUUUGCGGCAAAUAAACAUGACUUAAAUGUUUUUUUGCUGUAUGUAGACAUAUUUCAAAUGUGCAAAUGUUAAAUAUUGACAAAUGAUGUACACCAGAUGUUUACAUUUUGCUAUUGACGAGGAGCUUUACCGUUGGCACUAUUGUGAUGCUCUCUACCUACAUCAAAAUUAUAUCUCAACGACUGCAAUUGCCAUCGGUGCCGUAGUUAAAGGCAUAGUGUCACAGAUUUAAGGACCUUAUUUCUCUAAAAAUUACAUUAAUUGCUGGAGUGAAAUCCAUGUCAACUCUCUCGGCAAUUUUAGUUUUUGAAUUAUGGACCAUUGCCAUAAUUCAA